GCUGCAGGCGGCGAGAGCCCCUGGGGGGCGCUCUGAGCAGCCAUGUGGGUCCCAGAGGCCAUGAGGAGAGGCCACCGCUCAGGGUCCAGGGUGAGGAGCCCCUACCUGAGGAGAGGCUCCCGUACAGCGGGGAGAUGCUUGCAACCACCACCAAGAGGCUCCGGGAGAUGUCAGAGAUAGCCGAGCCGCCCUGGGAGAUGUCAGAGAUAGCCGAGCCGCCCCAGGAGAUAGCAGACACAGAUGAGCUGCCCACUGUGCCAGUCGUGCCCAGCAAGGUGCCAUCCCGAGAGAUUAGGAGGAAUCCCUCUGAGAUCAAGCUGCCUCCCUGGCUUGGAAAGUGGGGGACUGGCUCCGAGGAGAAGUCCCCCGCCACACUGCCAGCGCUGCCGCCCACCCCAUCCACGCCAGCAGAGAAGCCCAGCCAGGCGGUGCCCCAGCGGAGCCGUGUGACCCAUGACUGGCAGAAGGAGGUAGUCGUGGAUCCCCUGGACUCUCGGCCAAGGAAGGAUUUGGGCAGUGAGGACUUACAGCGUGGCUACGAUGGACUGCCAAUCCACCAAUUUCUCUCCUCAGUCACUGACAGCUCCCCCCCGAAGGACUGCCCACCCCUCAGGGCCGUGCUGCUGGGGCAAGGGCAGCGGAAGGCCACAUUGGCAUCCAUGCUCUACGAGAAAUACAGAGCUGAGAGGUGUGGGGUCUGCUCUGACUGCAGCAAGGAGACGGAGGAGGAGAUCCGACCCCGCCUGAAGCGCAUGGAAUCUAUCUCCACGACGCACGACGACUACCGUGCCAUGGGCUUCCAGUCCACGCCCCAGCCCAUCACCCAGCGUCACGAUUACUUAACAGAGCAGCCAAGCAGCUUCUGGAUGGAGCAAGCCCGUGGACGGCCGGGUGUCACUGCUCUCUUCAGCACAAACAUUCCCUUCAAGAGGAAUGCAGACUUCUCCACUCCCAUUACCAUGUACUUAGGGCAUCCCGAGCCCUUCAACCUCUAUGACCCCUAUGACCCCCCGAGCAGACAGCUCCAGCCCCACAAGUAA